CCGAUGGCCUCAGCAGGCGGGGAAGAUGAAAGGUAGCCGGAUCAAAUUGGGGGAUGUGACACCACACAAUAUUAAACAGUUGAAGAGAUUGAACCAGGUCAUCUUUCCAGUCAGCUAUAAUGAUAAAUUCUACAAGGAUGUGCUAGAGGUUGGCGAGCAAGCAAAACUUGCAUAUUUCAAUGAUAUAGCUGUAGGUGCGGUGUGCUGCAGGGUGGAUCAUUCACAGAAUCAAAAGAGACUUUACAUCAUGACACUAGGAUGCCUUGCACCUUACCGAAGACUAGAAAUAGGAACUAAAAUGGUAAAUCAUGUCCUAAACAUCUGUGAGAAAGAUGGCACUUUUGACAACAUCUAUCUGCUUGUCCAGAUCAGCAAUGAGUCAGCGAUUGACUUCUACAGGAAGUUUGGCUUUGAGAUUAUUGAGACAAAGAAGAACUACUAUAAGAGGAUAAAACCUGCAGAUGCUCAUGUACUUCAGAAAAACCUCAAAGUCCCAUCUGGUCAGAAUGCAGAGACACAAAAGACAGACAACUGAACAAAUUACAAAUGAACUUUCUUGCACUUGC